AUGAAACAUUUCUCGACUUUAGACGACUGAGUCACAUUUGGUUUGCUCAGAGGCCGAAACCGAAGCCGAACCAGAACCCAGAAGCCAGAACCCAAAACAGAAACAGCUGUGGCUUUCGUUUAUCGACUCGCAAGUGCCACAAGUUGGGGUCUGUUGUAAUACUCAUGCGGUUAUUCAAAACAAAGCGCUGGAGCAAAAAGGCAGCCAAUCUGCGGCAUAAAAGCGACGGCUUAUUUCGAUCACAGCAAUAAAUUCAAAAGUGCAGUGCACAGCUCCCAAGCAAGGAAACUUCCCGCUUUCAAGUAGAGCCGCAAAAUGUUGACAGAUCACACUUGGGUUGCCCGCAAUGUGUACGAUGCUCUACCGCCAUUUGCCAUCGCCGCCGGCCACGAUUCGGAUCAGGAUCCGAUCUAUGUGGGCCGCGCCUAUCACAACGGCGACAUGCUGCCCGCCAAGGUGAUACCCAACAAGCAUCAGGCGUACGUGGCCUGGGGCGGCGAGGAGAUUAGCAAGCACGAUUACGAGAUCCUCACCGGACACCAUUACUGCUGGAUACCGGCCAGCCAUGGCGAGGUGCCGCCGCAUGCUCUGCGCGUGGGCCAGACCUCCGAGGGGGAGCCUCUGUUUGUGGGUCGCGGCUAUUUCCAGGGCAGUCUGACGCCCGGCAAGGUGCAUCCAUCGCACGGCUGCCUGUACAUACCGUACGGCGGUGCCGAGCAUAAGCUGGAAGCAUACGAGGUGCUCGUCCAGCCGGAGACAUGGGUCAGCUCGUCCGGCAGCAACAUUGUGCCCGGCACCAUACUGGCCGGCCAUGAUGCCGAUGGCGAUGCCAUCUUUGUCGGACGUGCCUAUCACGAUGGCGAUCUGCUGCCGGCCAAGGUGAUACCCAACAAGGGCUGCGCCUAUGUGCCAUACGGCGGACAGGAGCACGUUAAAUACGAUUUUGAGCUGCUCGCCGGCUACGGCUACGGCUGGGUGCCCGACUCCUUUGGCAAUGUGCCCGGCGGCGCCGUUGUCUGCGGCCGCACCAGCGAGGGUGAGCCUCUGUAUAUUGGACGUGGCCAUUACAAUGGCAGCUUUACGCCCGGCAAGAUCCAUCAGUCGCAUCACUGCCUCUACAUACCCUUUGGCGGCCAGGAGGUGCGCCUGGACAGCUACGAGGUGCUCGUCCGAUCCUAGACUGAAUCAAUGCGAAGCGAUUCGCCUCGAUGCCGGCCCAAAAAAUUCAUUAAAUUCUUAAACAUUUCCUUGAUAAUCAAUUAAAUUAUUUGUAUAUCAUCAGACAC